AUUAAGCAGGGCUGUUUUCUCUGUAACAGUACGCGAGUGCACGAGCUCUAAUGUCACAAAGAUAAAAAAUGAGGGAGGAUGUAUAUGAGGUCCCCGAGGGGACGGAGUAUCGUUAUCUAGUGCAGGACGAAGAAGAGGAACAGAUACAGUACAUCCGUUGCCUCUAUGUCAGUCCAUUCCUGGUGGUGUCGCGCCGGUGCAUGUUCCUCAUCAGCUGCGGCGUGAUCGCUCUCCUCUCUCGCGCGGGAUGUCUGGCCUACGUGGCUGAGACUCCGCCUCCAGGAGUGGCAGAGGUGGAGACCGAGUGUGGUUGGCUGCGUGGGAGCUGGAAAGGUGGAGCUUAUUCUUUCAAAGGCAUUCCAUAUGCAGUACCACCUGUGGGUGAACGUCGCUGGCGACCCCCGGCGGAAAUAGUGGAGGCGGGACAGUGUUGGCAGGGCGUGUACGACGCUACUCGAUUCCGUAGCAUCUGUGCGCAGGUGCAGCCCCUCCGAAAAGACGGGCAGGUCAUGGGACAGGAGGACUGUCUGCAUCUCAACGUGUGGACGCCGAGUCUACAGCCCGCCAAACCACUGCCCGUCAUGGUGUGGAUCCACGGAGGGUACCUCCACAUGCUGAGCGGCCAGGAGAGAGGAUACUCGCCCACCGUAGAGCUGGCGGCCCGUACGCAGAUGGUGUACGUCAGCCUGAAUUACAGGCUCAAUGCUUUCGGCUUCAUGACCCUGGAGGUGCUCAGGGAAGGUUCUCCCACCAACUCCUCAGGGAAUUAUGGCUUCAUGGACCAGAUCCAAGCACUUCAGUGGGUCCAGAGAAAUAUCCAUAACUUCGGUGGUGAUGCUGGAAGGGUUACCAUAUUUGGUCAAAGCUCAGGAGGAACUUCGGUUUGGACCUUGAUGAUGUCUCCACUAGCCAAGGGACUCUUUCAUCGCGCGAUUGACAUGAGUGGCUCGUAUGUGUAUAAUGCUUCCCUGGAGUCAGCAGAAAAAGACAACUUAGAAUUCCUGAGGAGAACUGGCUGCAAGAACGCCAUCUGCCUGAGAGGACUACAUAUCGCUCAAGUUCUUCAGGCAAUCCCGUGGCAGCAGUACCCAGCAUGGGCAGCCGAUGAAUUAACCGAUCUUCCAGUCAAAGGUGUUUUUCUUGGCCCGGUUGCAGUAGUUGACAACUAUGUUCUCAAAGCUCCUCCGUUCAAAACCUGGGAGAAGGGUGGAGCUGGAGCCUAUAAUGACAUCCCAUUUAUGGUUGGAACAACUGAACAGGAGACUGAUUUUAGUCCUCCAUAUGAAAACAUCUCAGCAUGGACUUGGGGAGACUAUCGGUGGAUUGUGACAAACAAACUGACCCCUUUCGGAGAGGCCCUGACCAAUCAGGCGCUGAGGCUGUACAAUAGCUCGGCUCUGUGUCCAACCUCUGACCGAUGCCCAGAGAGACUCUUCACCACCAUGGUCUCUGACAUGAGGGCCACCUGCCCCAGGAACGACCUGGCUAAGAGAGCUGCAGGAGCCUUAAAGAGUCCAGUGUACCGUUAUCUGGUGACUUACACUCCAUCAAAACAGGCAAACGCCUCCAGCUGGCUUCCCUUCCCCAGUCGCUUUGCCUUUCAUCUUCUAGACAGCCUGGCCUUCUUCGGGGGUCUUGAAAUGGUGCUGGGGACCCUGUCACUGGCUGAUAUCAGCUUCCAGGAAAUUAUCACCAAGUAUUUUGUACAUUUUGCCAAAGAGGGUAGGAUGCCAGAGGAGUGGCUGGAGUUCCCCUCACGUGUCGCCCUGCUGGACAAGAACAUUUCUUUCGUAACAAGCUACUCCCGCGAGAGGUGUGACCUGUGGGAGGAGAACGGCUUCUACUCGUACGCCUGGAUCAACUGAGCCACAUCACUGGUUGUAUCUAUCCAUCCACUGCAUUUUCACCCGAGCUUUAUUGCGUGAUUAUACAGUACUGAUAUUUU